AUGUCGGCUGGGGCAUGUGGCACCACCCUGAAUGAGGUGCUGGCCAUGCUCAGCGCGGCGUCGCGCGACGAGAUCGCCGAGUUGGUCAGUGCCGUGGUGGAGCGCGCCCUCGCCAACCGCUCCAAGUCCAGUGCACCCAUUGUCGCAUUCGCCUGCGCGCUCUGGCACGAGAAGGCGGUGGCUCUGAAGCCGGCUUACAGAACGGCCGCCCCAGAGGAGGAAACAAAGAAAAUCAACAGACGGGUUUCGAAAGCCACGAAGCAUCUCACCACCUCAAUCCUUCCUCAAGGUUCCGUACGCUCUAACACCGCCCUCAUACUCGCCAACGCCAUCUACUUCAAGGGCAGGUGGUCCAUGUCCUUUGCCAAGAAAGACACCGAGACCAGGCCCUUCCAACAGCUUGACGGCAGCUACGUGAACACGCUGUUCAUGCGCGGCCGGAACGAUUAG